AUGGCGGCCUUCCUACCCCUGCUAGCUUUGCUCUUCCUGGGGGCCCGGGCCCAGCAUGGCUCCCAGUGGACCUACUCGGAGGGAGCACUGGACCAAACACGGUGGUCGAAGGAGUACCCCAGCUGCGGGGGGAGGAGACAGUCACCCAUCGACCUGCAGAGGAGAAACGUUCAGUACAACCCCUCCCUGAAGGCUCUGAAACUGACAGGCUACAAGUCCCAGGGGGGCCAGUUCCCCAUGACCAACAACGGCCACACAGUGCAGAUCAGCCUGCCCCCCACCAUGCGCAUGACGGCCGCCGAUGGCACCGAGUACAUAGCCAAGCAGAUGCACUUUCACUGGGGCGGUGAGUCCUCAGAGAUCAGCGGCUCCGAGCACACCAUCGAUGGGAUCAGAUAUGUGGCCGAGGUUCAUAUCGUUCACUACAAUUCUAAAUACAAGAGCUACGAUAUAGCCCAGAGCGCACCGGAUGGCUUAGCUGUGCUGGCAGCCCUCAUCAAGGUCGAGGAUUACGGUGAAAACACGUACUACGGCACCUUCAUUUCUCAGUUGAACAACAUCAGGUAUCCAGGACAGAGCACAGUUCUGAGUGACCUUGACAUUCGGGACAUGCUCCCCGAGAACGUGCAUCACUACUACAGCUACAAAGGGUCACUCACCACUCCUCCCUGUACUGAGAACGUCUACUGGUUUGUGCUGGCAAGUCCCAUCAUGUUCUCCAGGGCACAGGGUUGGAAGCUAGAGAAUUCCAUAUUGGAUCACCAGAACAAGACCCUCCACAAUAUCUACCGCAUGACCCAGCCCCUGAACAACAGAGUGGUGGAAACCAACUUCAUGAAUCUCCCCAACGAGCGUUCUGAGUUCCAGCUUUACCUAACCAAGUUUGACAAUAAGUUCGAAAACUUGAAGAGUCUUCCUGAAAAGAAGAAAGCGAAGGAACGCCACCAAGAGUAG